CACGGACGUGUUCUAGUAACAGCCUGCUCACCUUCCACCUCAUCUCUCUCCCUGAUACCCUUACUGAAACGAAACAAUGUGGCUGUCAGACGGACAGAAAAUCGGCGUGGCAUUGACCACCUUCGGCGGGCUCUUCAUGCUCUUGGGCGUCAUGAUGUUUUUCGACGGAGCUCUUCUGGCGCUUGGAAAUAUUCUCUUCGUCUCUGGAAUCACGCUCAUCAUUGGCCCUAAGAAGACGUUUUACUUCUUCGCUCGUAAGCAAAAGAUUAGGGGAACGGUCUGCUUUGUGGGUGGGAUUGUGCUCGUGUUUUUGAAAUGGCCUUUUGUUGGGAUGAUCAUCGAAACAUUUGGGUUUUUGAAUCUGUUUGGGGACUUCUUCCCUGUUAUUGUAACAUUCCUUCGCCAGGUCCCCUUCCUCGGGACAGCUCUUUCGUUACCAUAUAUCAGGAACGCUGUGGAUCGUCUCGCUGGUUCACGAACAUCUGUUGUGUAAAAGUAAUAUAAGUUAUCCUCUACAUAGGAGAUCGCACAAACUCCAAGCCAACUGGUGGUCGUGUGACUUGACGCACUCUUCGCGUUAUAUGUUUCUGUUUGGCCGCGUAAAUUCUCAACAGUCAGACCUGUUCCACCUCCACUCCACAUCAAGAGAAUGAAGCAAGAGUAUCUCGCUCUAUUGUCGCGUCGAUAUGUGCCCACCAAAGUCCAAUUUCCGGGCGCAGGGCGUCGGCAAUGGUGUUUGCGCGUCCUCAAUGAGUUUUGGACCGGGUUCAUGGCAGGGGCUUCUCAUAGCAUCGAAGGCGCGCUGAACGAGGAUGAUUUGCUUGAAGAGGACGAUCCAUUCGAUGCUACGCUCACAGACGGCCCGCAAAUCGGUGUGCUUUUGCGCACUGACUGGUCGGAUCCAGACGCCUGGCAAGCAUUUUGCGCACGGUUGGCUUCAGAGGAGAAAGAUUUCCUCGAAUCGGUACAACCCGCGGACGUGAAGAUGAAUGAGGACACUCCUGAAGCUGAAGCCGACUCCUCCGAUGAAGAGGAGGAUUCUCGUCUCAAAUCACCGAUCAUCAAAAUCCUCGACGCCGUCUCUGAACCAGAGCGCGCUCUUGUGCGCGAUAUUUCGAACAUUCGAGCACUGCGUCUUCUCAACGAUGUGGACAUCCGAGACGCGCCCAGUUUACCUGCCGGGACGUCGCGCUACAAUCCACCGAAUAGACUGGUCGACCUCAAUGGGCUGCAGGAGAUCUACAGUGGACUGACUGUUUGGAUAUACGACAAGCAGUCCAACACUGACCAGUGUGCGCGACUGGUGAGCCAAGAGGGAGAUGUGUACGGAACCGCAACUGGCGACAGCUGGCGUGCUCGAGUGUCUCAUCUAUGCGAGCUUCAGUUCAACAUGACAUGCUUGGGCAUGAAGAUCGACUUUGGCGGCCUGGAUCGAUAUGACUACUCUGAACGCAAGCGCAAUAUCGAGGAAGCGGAAGCACCGCAGUAGCCUCAGGCUCAACGCGCAAAAAGGCGCUCUAACUAUCACCCUCACUGGCACUUGGAUGCGUGCUGAACAAUUUGGCAUCGAACACCGGGGUGAACAGCGGUGUCCCA